GUAAACAGGUGCCACAUAUGCACCUGAGAAUCAGAGGACAUCGGGAACAAUCCACCUGCAAGUAACCUUUGGAAAUUGAACAUAACAAAUACGAGAUACUCUAAGUUAUUAUCUUUGGCAUUAAAAGCAACAAAAUCUACAGGCAUGGAUAAACAACUCAUCUUUAGUGUUCUGUUGGCGAUGCUGUCCUGGGAAUUUAUAGCUCAGUCAGACAGCAGUACCACCGUGACACCAGGAUCAUCUAGCAGCAGUACCACCGUGACACCAGGAUCAUCUAGCAGCAGUACCACCGUGACACCAGGAUCAUCUAGAAGCAGCACUAUGAUACAUGGAUCAUCGAGCACCAGCUCCCAUAUGACACCAGGUAGCCAAAAAACUACAGCUAUAUCAGGCAUCAUCCCUGAAUUUAAGGAUAUUAUUUCUCUGCAAGAAUGUGGCUCCUCAAAGUUCUGUGCAGCUGAACCCUCAGAGUGUGAUCCCACUUCUGCAGACUGUUAUUUCCUUUCUGCCAAGCAACAAAGCAACCAGACAUACUUUGAGCUCUCAGGACAGGCAGAGGGCUACAUUGCUGCUGGUCUAUCAACUACUGCAACAAAGAAUGGCAGCUACACAGUCUACAUCUGUGCGAACCACAACAACACAGUCCGUUUCUUUACUGCCAUUCUUCUGAACUAUGAUAAUAAUGGUGAACUAAAUGAGACAACGAUGGACUACAAGGAUCAGAAAGGAUCAGUCAACUCAACCAAAAUUCAGUGUACUUUUACAGCUGUUCUACCUGACACAAGUAACAAAGCAGCAGGUGUUGCCCUUUCUAUUUUAAAUGGAACUUACAAUAUUGAAACUGGAGUGCUGGGAAAGCCAAGCUUCAGGCUACUGACGCCUCUCACAGACCUCUCAAAGUUUACCAGCAUUUCCUCUGCUGAUCCGGUCAUACACACACAGUCAUUCUGGUCAGUUCUGCUGGUCACCAUGUGUUUGCUGGGUUUCACAGCAGUGUGAAGCAACUGAUGUCCACCAGGCAUGAAUAAAGCCAUAACAUCCCUAUCGAUGUCUGUCGCUUUCUGAAUAAAAACCACUAAGCUCAGAAAUGGAAUUUACCAUGUACAGUUUUUCUUAGUUUGGUAGGAUUAAUUUUGUAGUGACUCAACAUUAUUUAAAGAAACAGCAACAUUCAAGUCUGUAUUCCAAAUGUACAACUCUUUGUGAUUCUGAAACUAAAAGAGAAUUGAAGCCAAAUGUUCUAUUUAGUGAUAUAAAAUGAUUUACUCACAGGACUGCUGGAAUUCUACUCUGUUACAUGAAAAGACCAUAACAUGUGUUUUACUGGACUACACAUGAGGGGAAAAAAAUACUUUUUUAAGAGUAACAAAGCAGGUUUGCGUGAUUUUUAUCAGCAUAUGUCAUUAUGCGUAACAGCUUUGGGGUUUCACGGUCUGGUUACCUUUGAAGCCUAUUUUACUGGUGCAUGUUAAAAUGUUCUAAUUAAUCUGACUUCUUUUUAUAUUAAAUCAUUUUAUUAUUUACUGUAAUGGUGGUGUUGUUAGCUGUUCCUAAAUUAUGAAGACUUUACUGGCUGAUGUAUAUAAACAUGUCAACAGGUGAUACUGAUUAUGGUACCAAAUGUUGGUGAAGGUAACAAAAUGAAUACAUAUUUUACUAUAUAUUUUUAAUUAAAAGACUUAUAUGUACACAAGUUAAAUAAAGAUGCAUUU